AUGCCCGUUCCCCAGAGCCCGGAGUGGAUGGCGCGGCUGAAGAAGGGCGUCGCUCCGAGGGCCGCCUCCCAACCCCCCGCGGCCAAGCCGGGAGGACGGGACGCGGCGGACGAUAAGGGGGUCGGAGCCACCUCCCAUCCCCCCCCGAGGAUCCCAGCCCCGCACAAAUGGCCGCUGCUCAACGACGCGGCCGCUCCGGCGCUCCCCGCUGCAGGCGCGGCCGCCGCCGGUGGGAUCCGGGGCUCGGGGCAAACUCCGCGCAGGAAGCCGCUGCCGCACGCCGCGGAGCUGGGAGCGAGGCCGGCAAAACCCCGGCGGCCUCCGGGGGUGGAUCUGGAGAAGUUCCAUAGGGCUGCAGCCCCCGGGGAGCCCGGCCGCACUGCUGUGGGGUCGCGGAGUGCUGUGCUGGGUUACCCAGCGCCGUUCCCACCGCGGGAUGCUCUGAGCACAGCAGGAGGUGAGGAGGAGAUUUAUGACGACGUCGAGAGCGUUGAGCUGCUCAGGAGAGACCGAAGCUUUCCGCCGCCCCCCACGUUCCAGCCGACAGCACAUCUCCACCCCAGAGGAGGGGGAGGUGCUGCUCGCGCCCCCAGCACGGUUGCGCUGCUGGUUGCUGCACAAAGAGGAGCUCAGAGCUCCCGAAAGGUGAAGCCAAUGACAUUCAAGGAAUGCAAGAAGGAAGAGAAAGCGGACAGGGAGUUUCAAAAGAAGUUCAAGUUCGAAGGGAACAUCGCCGUCCUGACGCAGAUGAUGGUCGACCCUGCGACGACGGAGAAGAGGGGCGGGGGGAAGAACCUUCCGCUCCGACGGGGUGAGAUCCUGGACGUCAUUCAGUUCACCAACAAGGAGCAGAUCCUUUGCAGGAACAGCCAGCGGAGGUACGGUUACGUGCCCCGGGCUGUGAUGCUGCACCUGGACAGAGACAUCUACGACGACGUUGAUCUGUACGAAUGACCUGGAGCACCACCAGACCCCAAAGGCUGAAGCUCCGAUGCUGGAGGGGCUGCGAGGGUCGGGCCUGCAGAGCAGAGGUUUGGGAAGGUCCUUCGGACGGAGCCCUGCGGUGCUUUGUUUGAUUUGUGUGAAAUGUGGCACUGAUCUGUGUGGUCCA